CUCAUCCCCAUUCCUAAUGAAAAGCCCUGUAAUACUCAAUCCGUAAUAUAGAAAUUCUGCUGAGGAUAUCUCAUAACCGGAAAACACGGAGUUGAGCGAACAUCAACCAUGGUAUCUUUGCAUCCGAUGUUGAAGAAGAGCUAUUGGCUCCUCGCCGCGCUGGGAGGCCUCUAUGCCGUAUUCAUGCUCGGUCUGCUGAACGCAUGGUUUCAGCGACACGCGCUAUACAUGCAUAAGAUCCAUUCGGGGUUCUGGCAUAAUGUGUCGAACCCGGAGGAAUUUGGGUUUGCGAAGGGCCAAGUCCAGCCGUUCUGGCUCGAUACGAGUGAUGGGGAGAAGCUCUUUUGUUGGCACGUGCUUCCCCUGGAUGUGUAUUUGGAGCAUGAGAAUGAGAUUGUGGACAAGAGUGAGGGCGGUGUGGCGGAUGGGUUGGAGGGUACGGUGGGAGCGAGGUUCUUGAUGAAGGACACGAAGAGUAGGGUUGUGGUUAAUUUUCAUGGGAAUGCUGGUCACGUAGCCCAAGGCUGGCGCCCCUCGACUUACCGCUCUGUAGCCGCUAUCCCGCACACGCACCUCCUCACCUGCGACUACCGGGGCUUCGGCAAAUCGUCUCUCAAUAACCCGCCUCACAUUCCGACCGAGUCUGGACUCAUCACCGACAGCAUCUCCCUCAUCUCCUACAUCCUGAACGACCUCAAGCAUCCCGCAUCUCGAACAGUACUCCUCGGCCAGAGCUUAGGAACGGCAGUUGCUGCCGCCUCUGCACUCUUCUUCACAGAUCCAGAGUCCGAGCAGCUCCCGAGCGACAUCGUCAAGCCAGAGCCCGCAGUCGCCUCACCGCAGCAUUUCGCCGGUGUUGUGCUAGUAGCGCCUUUCACGACCCUGAGCGAACUGCUGCAGACGCACAAGAUCUCGGGCAUCAUCCCAGUCCUCUCGCCUCUGCGUCCAUAUCCAAAGAUCGCAAACUUCCUCUCCUCCAAGAUCCUCGAUCACUGGCCCACCCUCCCCCGUCUCCAAGCCCUCCUCUCCGCUACAUCUGCAAACAAAACACCUCUCCGCCUCUCGCUCCUCCAUGCCCGCAACGACCAGCACAUCACCUUCCGGCUCUCAGAAUCACUCAUCCAUGGCGGCGAGCGCGUCAAGCGCGGCGCUUUUGCGUACCGCAAGGUGGAGGAUGCGGCGGGGGAGCGCAGUGUGGAGUUGGAGGUGGUGAGGUAUGGAGGGCAUAAUGAGCUAGUGGGUUGGUCGCAGGUUGCAUUGGCGGUGCGGCGUGCGUUCAAGAAGAAGAACUUCCGUGUGGGUUUGGAUGUCGAGUAA